CGAAUUUUUGCACCUCUAGAGAUCUUCGGCGUGCACUUGCUCCGGCUUGCAACUUUUCCGGGGUGCAUCUGACUGGCUUCACGUUGUUCUGUUCGACGACGGUGAGAACCCCGCUGCUAUUCAACACCGGAAAACCAAGGUCAUCAAUCUAGACCUGAUUCCUAAUCGACCUGAUUCCUCAUCAGUCUUGCUGCAGUUAUUGUGCACCGCCCCAGCCAUGGCCGAAACUGCCGAGGAUAGGAACCCAAUCGUGUUCUUCGAUGUCACGUUAGGAGGGGAGAAGCUGGGAAGGAUUCAGAUGGAACUGUACAAGAAUGUUGUGCCAAAGACCGCUGAAAACUUCCGUCAAUUCUGCACUGGUGAGACCAAGAACAACCGCGGCCAGCCGCAGGGCUACAAAGGAUGCAAGUUCCACCGUGUGAUCAAGAACUUCAUGAUCCAGGGCGGUGACUUCAUCAACGGCAACGGCACCGGCUCAAGAACAAUCUACGGCACCGAGAAGUUUGCUGAUGAGAACUUUACAUUGAAGCAUGACAAGCCCGGGCUAUUGUCCAUGGCCAACAGCGGACCCAACACAAAUGGCUGCCAGUUCUUCAUCAUCACUGCGAAGCACGGAACACCCCAUCUGAAUGGUAAACACGUCGUCUUCGGCAAUGUCAUCGAAGGCAUGGACGUUGUCACCAAGAUUGAGAACACCAGGACCGUUGCAAACCCAGAGGGCAAGCCAGUGCAGGACAUUGUGAUCUCGCAGUGCGGUGAGAUGUGAGGCUUCUGGUGUUAUGGUCGACCUCCAAGAGCCCAUGAAGCCCUGCGCUUCUCUUACCUGAAUCAAGGAGAUUGCAGAUGAGGUGCUCCUAUCUGUAGGGAAGGCUGCUGUCUCGUCACAGGUUUACAAAUGCCCGGUUGAAGUAAUAUUAGGCAAAGUCUAAGCCCACGGAUGUUCAUGACAGGCAGCGUACUCCCCUUCUGGGGACGAAAAAAGUAUCACCGAGUUGGGAGCAGAAGCCUAGGUUGAAAAGGUAGCAUGGAGAUAUGUUCGUGGUCUGGUAUCCUGACACGCGGCGAGCGAAAUGAUUGCAAUCAUGUGUGCACAUCCAAACCUACUUCACGUCUUGGAAUCGCUAUCAUGUCUGUCUGAAGGAAUGCUCAAAUGUGACCUAUCAGAAGACCUAGUUCGAC